ACGCUGCACCUCCGAGCCUUUGCAGUGCAAUGUCCCGCCUGCUGCAUGCAGAAGAUUGGCCUGAGGUGAAGGAGUUGGGGGACCACCAUCGCCAUCCCCAGCCUCACCACCUCGCACAACCGCCGCCACAGCCACCUGCCACCCUGCAGACCAGAGAGCAUCCAGUCUACCCGGCUGAGCUGUCCCUCCUGGACAGCACCGACCCACGCGCCUGGCUGGCUCCCACUUUGCAGGGCAUCUGCACGGCACGCGCCGCCCAGUACUUGCUGCACUCUCCCGAGCUGGGUGCCUCCGUGGCCGCGGCGCCUCAGGACGAGGCAGACAGCCGGGGGGAGUCGGUAAGGAGGAGCAGCAGCGGCGGCGGUGGCCUCAAUAAGAGCCCGGGCCCGGUGAAAGUGCGGGAACAGUUGUGCAAGCUGAAAGGCGGGGUGGUGGUGGACGAACUGGGCUGCAGCCGCCAGCGAGCCCCUUCCAGCAAACAGGUGAAUGGAGUGCAGAAGCAAAGACGGCUGGCGGCCAACGCCAGGGAGCGGCGCAGGAUGCACGGGCUGAACCACGCCUUCGACCAGCUGCGCAACGUUAUCCCGUCGUUCAACAACGACAAGAAGCUGUCCAAAUACGAGACCCUGCAGAUGGCCCAGAUCUACAUCAACGCUUUGUCCGAUCUGCUACAAACGCCCAGUGGCGGAGAGCAGCCUCCGCCGCCGCCAGCCUCCUGCAAAAGUGACCACCACCACCUUCGCGCUGCCGCCUCCUAUGAAGGGGGUGCGGGCACCGCGGCCGCAGCUGGGGCUCCGCAGACCUCCGGAGGGGGGCAGCGACCCACCCCGCCCGGGAGUUGCCGGACUCGCUUCUCCAGCCCGGUCUCCGCGGGAGGUUACUCGGUGCAGCUGGACGCUUUGCACUUCUCAACUUUCGAGGACAGCGCCCUAACAGCGAUGAUGGCGCAAAAGAACUUGUCGCCUUCACUGCCCGGGGGCAUCCUACAGCCAGUGCAGGAUGAGAGUAGCAAAACUUCGCCCAGGUCCCACAGAAGCGACGGAGAAUUUUCCCCCCAUUCCCACUACAGUGACUCGGAUGAGGCAAGUUAGGAAGGUGACAAACCCUGGAAACUGAGACAGAAACAAAACUGCCCCUUCCCAGUGCGCAAGAUGCCCCGCGGU